CACUACAUCUGAGGAGAAAACAACUUCACAUCUUCCACCAAGAAGGAUGGAUAGAAGGCUGCUUGAGGCGGCUCAAACAGGAAAUGUCCAACACUUGCACCAAUUGCUUAAAGAAAGCCCCCAUAUCCUCCAUUCUGUUGCAUUGGCUUCUGCCGAGAAUCCCUUACACGUUGCUUCCAUCGGCGGCCAUGUUGAGUUUGCCAAGGAGAUCCUACGGUGGAAACCAGAGUUUGCCAGAGAAUUGAAUCAAGAUGGUCUUAGCCCCAUGCACAUGGCGUCAGCCAACAGACACGUGGAGAUCGUCAGAGAGCUGCUGAGAGUUGACGGAAAUCUGUGUCGUUUGGAGGGGAGGGAGAAGAAGACUCCUCUUCAUUAUGCAGCUGUUAAAGGAAGGGUUGACGUGAUAGCUGAAAUGCUUUUGGCUUGUCCAGAGUGUGUUGAAGAUGUUUCUGUGCAUGGGGAGACUGCUUUGCACCUUGCUGUGAAGCACAGCCAAUUUGAAGCAGUCAAAGUUUUGGUAGAAUGGGUCGGAGAGAUGAAGAAAAAUACUGUGAAUUUCAAGGAUGAGCAAGGGAAUACAAUUCUUCACAUAGCGGCAUGGAAAAAGCAACGCCAGGUGAUAGAGUUGUUGCUCUGCAAUGGAGCUACAACUUCCCUUGCCAUGGAAGUAAACGCCAUCAACCAUAGCGGUCUAACCGCCCUCGACUUGCUAAUGAUUUUCCCAAGCGAAGCUGGUGAUAGAGAAAUCCAAGAGAUCCUUAGAGCUGCAGGAGCCAUCAGCGCAAGAGAUGGCCACAAUCUUCUCACUCCCGCUGCCUCCUCUCUUAACCGAACGGCAGCAUCAAGGACAAGGAGCUCUCUUAUGCAGCCCAAGAAUAUGGUGGAGUAUUUCAAGUUCAAAAAGGGUCGAGAUUCUCCCAGCCAUGCUCGUGACUCCUUGCUUGUUAUCUCUGUUCUCGUGGCAACUGCAACAUACCAAGUGGGAUUGAGUCCCCCCGGUGGCGUUUGGGUGGAUGGUGAUCUAAGAGGGCAGGCAAUAAUGGGUUAUAAUAGCCCAGUUACGUUUCUAUUUUUCAUGCUUUUCAACUCUGUUGGGUUUUCGGUGUCUCUUUUCAUGAUCAAGAUCCUCACCGCCAAUUUUCCAAUGCAUUUCGAGCUUCAGAUCAGCACGGCCACCAUGUUCGUCACGUAUGGUAUUGCAGUGGUUACCAUUGCGCCAAAUCGGCUGAAGCUCUACAUAACUAUAUUUACAUCAGUUUUGCCUUCAAUGGUGUGGCCCGUUGCCAGGGGGGUGAGACAUCUUAUAUGGAAGCUUAGAAAUUCAUACAGAUUAAGCUCUGAAUGCUAGCCGUGAAUCGGAUUUAAUCUGUAUAAUUUUCUCGAAUGAGUGCAAUUCAUAGAAGUGCCUUUUCAAUCAGCCUACCAUGUGAACAGUCACCUAAACAGCU